GAAUGAGGUGCAAUCUCGAGCGAGAGGAAGAGCUGCGCACGCGAAGAAUGCUGGUAAUGUGGUUUGUACAUAUACCACGCGACGCCCCCUCCGAUGUAAAUAUGGAGGAGAGCUUCCAUUCCUCGUCGCCAAUUCCUUCUCUCUCUCCAUCUCGAUCAUGUACGCCACCACGGCUCUCCUGGUGCUGUCUCAAGCCAUCGUCCCCACCUGGGCUGCCCUCCACGAGAAACUAGCUGCGGUACCAGCGGGGUGGACGCAAGCUUCACUGCCGGCGGCGGAUACGGCCAUUAGUCUGACAAUUGGACUAACGCAGCAAAAUAUCGAGCAGUUGCAAGCGAAGCUGCUAGCUGUGUCGACGCCGGGCAAUGCUGAAUAUGGACAGCACAUGGAUGCAGAUGAGGUCAACGCCUUCUUUGCGCCUGAUCCCGCAGGCGUUCUCGCGGUGCAGAAAUGGCUGAAGAGCUCGGGAGUCACGCAGAUCUCGGAAGAUGGCCAUUUCAUCACGUUUGCGACGACGGUGCAGAAUGCGGGCUCGUUGCUGAAUACGACGUUUGCGACCUUUACGAGUGGGUCCGUGUCGAAGAUUAGGACGAUGCAGUAUUCGAUUCCGGAUGAGUUGGUGAAGUAUAUCGAUUUGGUGUCGCCGACGACGUAUUUUGGGAAGACGGUUGCAAAUGCUCCGAAGUAUGUGAGAGCUACUGAGACGGAGAAGACGUAUCCUCCGUCUUCUUCGGUUACGGUGGACGCGUCGUGCCAGACUUCGAUUACGCCGACUUGUAUCAAGGAGCUGUACAAUAUUGGCAAUUAUACUCCAGAUCCACAUUCUGGUAGCCAUGUUGGAUUCGGUAGCUUCCUCAACCAGUCUGCUUUGUAUGCGGAUUUAUUUCAGUAUGAAGCUCUGUAUAAUAUUCCACAGCAGAACUUCUCAGUGGUCUUGAUCAAUGGAGCUACCAAUGAUCAAAACGCAACAACUGCUCAAAUUGGAGAAGCGGAUCUGGAUGUCCAGAAUAUCAUUGGAGUCAGCCAUCCCUUACCAGUAACCGAAUUCAUCACUGGAGGAAGUCCACCAUUCAUCCCCAACCUCGACGAACCAACCGCAGCCGACAACUCCAACGAGCCCUACCUCCCCUACUACCAAUACCUGCUCUCGCAACCCAACUCGGCCCUCCCGCAAGUAAUCUCCAACUCCUACGGCGACGACGAACAGACGGUGCCUUACUCCUACGCCGUCCGCGUCUGCAACAUGAUCGGCUUCCUCGGCCUCCGCGGCAUCACGGUCCUCGAGUCCGCGGGCGAUACUGGUGUUGGGGCGCCAUGCCUCUCCAACGACGGCAAGAACACCACGCAGUUCACGCCCCAAUUCCCCGGCACCUGUCCGUAUAUCACGGCCGUGGGCGGCACCCAGGCCGCUACGCCCGAAGUCGCGUGGGUUGACGGCAGUGGCGGGUUUAGCAAUUAUUUCCCGACGGCGUGGUACCAGGUCGCGGCUGUGGAGAAUUAUCUAGAGAACUAUAUCUCGCCGGUGACGAAGAAGUAUUAUGAGCCGUAUACUAAUUUCAAGGGGCGAGGCUUCCCAGAUGUGUCGGCGCAUAGUUUGACGCCUUGGUACCAAGUAAUCUACGCCGGCCAACCCUCCGCCAGCGGCGGCACAUCGGCCGCCGCGCCCGUAACAGCCGGCAUCAUAGGCCUCCUCAACGACGCCCGUCUACGCGCCGGCAAGAGCCAACUCGGCUUCAUCAACCCGGCCCUCUACGCCUUUGGCUACAAAGCGCUGAACGAUAUUACGGGCGGCGGCAGCGUGGGCUGUAAUGGCGUGAAUGGGCAGACGGGGGCGCCGAUUGUGGGGGGUGGGGUUAUACUCUGGGCGAGCUGGAAUGCGACUGUCGGGUGGGAUCCGGUUACGGGGCUGGGGACGCCGGAUUUUGGGAAGUUGGUGGAGUUAGUGCUUGCUUGGUAAAGAGGGAGGGGAGAGAGGGGAGAGAGCGGAGGGGUAUAUGUAUAUAUAAUGAUAGAGUUGGAAUGGGGUGUUUAUACUAUGUUGCGUUGAGAAUCUUUGUGUGAAAAUGAGAUAUUGGUUCGCUCGCUUGCUUCGGGCUCCACCUCCUAUUUCACAAGAUUCUCGCAGUGCUAGUGUUGUCAAAGGAGUGCUGUGUUAUGUUGUCUUGUGGCCAGACAUCGCUCGCUCGCUUCGAGCUCAACCCUUAUAUUUCAUUAAAGGAGUGUUGCGUCGUAUUAUGUCUAGACAUAGCU